AUGUGGGAUCAGAGGCUGGUGAGGUUGGCUUUGCUGCAGCAGCUUCGGGCUGUCUAUGGCAUUAAGGUUAAGGGUGGCCGUGGGCAGUACGAUCGCAGGAAACAUGAAACAGCAGCCGCGGAAGUAGGGGGUAAAGUGUUUGGAGUACCCUUCAAUGUGUUGCCCCAUUCUAUUGUGCCAGAAUAUGGACACAUUCCAAGCUUUCUUGUUGAUGCUUGCACUUCUUUAGAAGAGCAUGUUAAUACAGAAGGACUUUUUAGGAAAUCAGGAUCUGUUAUUCGUCUAAAAGCACUAAAGAAUAAACUGGAUCAUGGUGAAAGUUGCCUGUCUUCUGCACCUCCCUGUGAUAUUGCAGGACUUCUUAAGCAAUUUUUUAGGGAAUUGCCAGAACCCAUUCUCCCAGCUGAUUUGCAUGAAGCACUUUUCAAAGCUCAACAGUUGGGAACAGAGGAAAAGAAUAAAGCUACAUUGUUACUUUCUUGUCUUAUGGCUGACCACACAAUUGAUAUAUUGCGAUACUUUUUUAACUUUCUCAGGAAUGUUUCCCUUAGGUCCAGUGAGAAUAAGAUGGAUAGCAGCACUCUUGCAGUAAUAUUUGCUCCAAACCUUCUUCAGACACGUGAAGGGCAUGAAAAGAUGUCUGCUAAUAUGGAAAAAAAGCUCAGACUACAAGCUGCAGUAGUACAAACUACUGAUUAUGCUUCAGAUAUUGGGCGUGUACCAGAUUUUAUCCUGGAAAAGAUACCAGCUAUGUUGGGUAUUGACGGUCUCUGUGCUAUUCCAUCAUUAGAAGGUUUUGAAGAAGGUGAAUAUGAAUCUCCUGGUGAAUAUAGGAGAAAAAGAAGACAGAGUGUUGGAGAUUUUGUUAGUGGAGCAUUAAAUAAACUUAAAUCUAACAGAACACCCUCUAUUACACCUCAGCGAGAAAGAACUGCUCAAGUAUCUGUAUCACCAAUGAUUCUUACACCAAAUGCUAAGCGUAAACUGCCAGUAGAUUCUUCACAUGGUUUCUCAAGUAAGAAAAGGAAGUUCAUCAAGCACAAUUUUAACUUUGAGCUGUUGCCAAGUAAUCUCUUCAGUAGCAGUUCUACACCAGUAUCAGUUCAUGUUGAUACAAGCCCAGAAGGGUCAUCUCAGAGUUCACUUUCUCCUGUAGCCAUCAGUGGAAACCAUUUGAUCAGUGCAAGUGUGCAAAGACAAAGUAAAAGGAUUGCAGACAAAAAAGUUUGCAGGGUGGAAUCAGGAAAAGCAGGCUGCUUCUCUCCUAAAAUCAGUCAUAAAGAAAAGGUUCGAAGAUCUCUUCGUUUGAAAUUUAGUCUGGGGAAAAGUAACAGAGAUGAUGGAUGUUCUGAUGUCAAUAGAUAAGAAAAUGUUGGUCGGCGACUUGCAAGUCAACAAAAUUUUUAAAAUAGAAUUGAAUCUGUAAAAACAGGUCUACUUUUUAGCCCAGAUAUUGAAAGAUUAACAAAGAAAGGUUCAAAAAAGAUCAGUAAGUCUGAGGAAUACUUAUCAACUCCAGAGCAGCUGGAUGGAACAAAUUACCACAUGUCUUGGACAGGACCUACUAAUUCAAGUUUUCAGGAAAUAGACGCAAAUGAAACAUCUCCGAUAGAGGGAAAUCUUGAGGUGGAAAACUCUUCUUUGGAUCUUGAUCUUAUGGUUGAAAAGUCACCUGUUACUUCAUAUGCGCUUACCCCUUCUACUGUACACAAUAAGCAUAAUAGCAACCUAACUGGAAACUCUCCUAAUGGGGAUGAAGAUAACUUGACCACAGAGACUUUGGUGAAAAUUCAGAAAGCAUUUUCUGAAUCUGGAAGUAAUCUUCACACAUUGAUAAAUCAUGGGCAGUCCUCAAUAACUAAUAUGGUGAAAGCAAAAUUAAAUGAAACAUCAUAUACAGAAUAUAGCCCAAAGGAAAAUUUAUUUGAAACUAAUGAUUUGACUGUGAUAGAAUCGAAGAAAAAGUAUGAACACCAAGCUAGUAAAGAUGAAAAUAGUUUCUCAGAAAGACACUUCUCACUACAUCAAACUCAAGAAUUAGGUAGAGAAGCAACUACAAAAUGUUACUCAACUCAGAUGAAGGUGGAACAUGAAAAAACCAUUUAUUCAAAUAUAGCAAAAGAUUAUUUAAGCAUGCAAGAGUUCCCCAGUGAAGAACAAAUAAAGAAACAGGAGUCCGCAAGGAAUAAACUAAAUACUAAAUUAAAGGAGAAUGAGAGUGUGAUUGAAGAGAAUUUAUUGAAAUGCACAGCUUCUGGGGAGGACAUGUCUAAAUCAUCAUCUUCAGAGCAGAUUACCUGUAAUAUAACAACUUUGUCAAAACCUAGGCCUAUGAGAAUUGUUAAACAGCAGUCUCUGGUAGAAAAAUGUGAUAAAAUGGUUUCAGAAAGUUUACAAAUGACAGAGCAUGGAAAGGUUUCAGACCACAUACAGUGGUUUAACAAACUUUCCUUAAAUGAACCAAAUAGAACAAAAAUUAAAUCACCUCUUAAGUUUCAGCGUACUCCUGUCCGUCAGUCUGUCAGAAGAAUUAAUUCUUUAUCGGAGUAUAACCGACAACCUCUAAGGUGUAAGUUGGCAAGUCUUGGUGAUACUGCUUCUCCUUUGGUUAAAUCAGUGAGCUGUGACAGUGCUCUUUCUUCUUGUAUAGAAAGUACAUCAAAAAAUUCCUCUAUUUCAGAUAUCAAAUCAGGUCCUGAAGAACAGAAGGCUACAUCAUGUAAACAGUCAAGUGUUGAUGCAAUUUCAAAAUCAAGCAUGAAUUUGGCUUCUAAAUCUUUCUCAAAGAUGAAGAGACACCCAGACUUGGUGAAUGCUUCUCUUGGGUCUAGAAUUUGUAAACAGGAUCUGGUAUCUGAUGGACAAAUUAAGGCUCCCUUGGAUGACCUAACUAAUUACAAUAUAAUAAAAUCUGUUAUAAAUAAUAAUAUGGGCUUUUCUCCUGGAAUAAAUAACAGAGUCCUUAGGAAACAUACAGAAAGAGAAAGGAUUUGGUAUAAAGGUUCUCCAAAAACUCCUAUUGGAAAAGCUCAACUACUUCCAACAAGUAAACCUGUAGACUUGUAA